UUUUUUAAAAAAACAAGUUCUUUUUAAGAAUAUUGGUUCAGAUUACAGAAAAUAUCUGCAAGAAUGAUGGAAGGUAAAAAAGUUGGCUUCAUUGGAGGUGGAAACAUGGCAUACGCGAUUGCCAAAGGACUUGUAUCUAGUGGGUUGAUCAAAAAAGAAGAUAUUAUCACAAGCGCAAAAACACAGACCAGAUUACAAACAGUUUGGAAAGAUCUUGGAGUGAAAACAACGACAGACAACAUUGAAGUUGCUAUAUUUGCAGAUAUUAUCUUUUUAGCUGUAAAACCUCAUAUUCUCCCCAGUGUUUUGACGGAAAUAUCGUCUGAAUUUUGUGUGAAUGAAAAAAUAAAAGACAAACUCUUUGUUUCUGUCGCAGCUGGGGUUACCAUUUCCAUUAUGGAGGAGGGUCUUUCUUCACAACCUCGAGUCAUCCGAACAAUGCCAAACACACCAUGUUUGGUUCAAAGUGGUGUCGUGGUGUAUGCGUGUGGUCAGCAUUGUGUCGCUGGAGAUGGGAAAGACUUGGAAACUUUACUGAGUGUAGUUGGCCACGUUGAAGAAGUAGAGGAAAACCACAUUGAUGCAAUGUCUUCACUGAUGGGUUGUAGCAUUGCAUGGUUUGAUAUGAUCAUCGAAGCUAUGUCCGAUGGUGGCGUUAAAAAUGGCGUGCCAAGGAAGAUUUCCUAUACGCUAGCCGCCAAAGCUAUGGAAGGGGCGGCUAAACUGUUUCUACAAAGUGGAAAGCAUGCUGGUCAGUUGAAGGACGAAGUGACGUCACCAGGGGGGUCGACGAUAUGCGGUUUGUAUGAGUUAGAACAAGCAGGUAUGAGAGGGAUAUUUAUGCGAGCAGUGGAUGCUGCCACAAACAGAAAUAAAGAACUCGGAAAACAAAAUUAAAGGACGAAUCGACAUCACCAGAGGGGUCGACGAUAUGCGGUUUGUAUGAGUUACAACAAGCAGGUAUGAGAGGGAUAUUUAUGCGAGCAGUGGAUGCUGCUACAAACAGAAAUAAAGAACUCGGAAAACAAAAG